AUGGUCAAACAUCAUGACUUUAAACGAUGUGACCAGUCGGGCUUCUGCACGAGAAACAGAGCCCUCGCAGAUUACAUGUCUAAGGGCAACCACGAACCGUCUCCUUACCAAUUAGAUGCGACUUCCGUCAAGUACAAGGACGGACAACUAGUCGGCUCCAUAAUAAAGACUCUCGCGAGCGGCGAGGCAGUCAAGCUGCCCUUGACGAUAUCUUUCUUGGAGCGUGGCAACGUUCGUGUUACUAUCGAUGAGGAAAAGAGGCGGAAAGGCGAAAUUGAACUUCGUCAUGGGAGUGUUGCUCGAAAAGAAAGAUACAAUGAAGCUGGAGCAUGGGCGUUGACGGGAGCUGGCCUCCAAUCCCAGAAGACAGCUACGUUCAAGAAGGUAUCCAAAGAUGCCAGUCAGGUUUCAUGGGGUCCAGACCACUCUUUUAAAGCCAUCAUUCAUCAUGCUCCCUUUGGAAUCGAGUUCUGGUCAGGCGAAGAGAAGCAAGUCGUUUUCAACGACCGUGGAUUUAUGAACAUUGAGCACUGGCGCCCAAAGAUUGACAAACCCGUAGCGGACGAGAACAAGACUGAAGCGGAGCCCGUCGAAUCAGCGGAAGAUGAAAGCACCUGGUGGGAAGAGAGCUUUGGCGGAAAUACCGACUCCAAACCCAAGGGUCCAGAGAGUGUCGCGAUGGAUAUCACUUUCCCGGGCUACGGGCACAUUUAUGGUCUUGCGGAACAUGCGGGGCCGUUGUCGCUGAAAGAGACUCGUGGUGGAGAAGGAAACUAUGAUCAGCCAUAUCGAAUGUACAACAGCGACAUCUUCGAGUAUGAGCUGGACAGCCCUAUGACCCUUUACGGUUCAAUUCCUUUUAUGCAGGCGCAUAAGAAGGGUUCCACCGUUGGAGUCUUUUGGCUCAAUGCUGCUGAGACAUGGGUGGACAUUGUCAAGUCGAAACACGGCUCCAAUCCGCUGACGCUCGGUCUCAGCGGUGGUGCCCUCGAUACACAUACACAUUGGAUGUCUGAAAGUGGUCUCCUGGAUGUAUUUGUCAUGCUCGGCCCUACGCCCAAAGAUGUGGCAAAGUCUUAUGGGGAACUGACGGGCUAUACUCAACUGCCAGCGACUUUUGCAAUUGCUUAUCACCAGUGCAGGUGGAACUAUGUGAGCGACGAAGAUGUCAAGGAUGUCGAUCGCAAAUUUGACAAGUUCAAUAUCCCGUACGAUGUCAUCUGGCUGGACAUUGAGUACACAGACGACAAGCAAUAUUUUACUUGGGAUCCUCUCACUUUCCCCGACCCCAUCUCCAUGGAAAAGCAGCUUGAUGAAACUGAGCGCAAACUUGUGGUGAUUAUUGAUCCUCAUAUCAAAAAUAAGGAAGGAUAUGCCGUUGGCCAAGAACUCAAGAGCAAGGGUCUCGCUGUCAAGAAUAAAGACAACAAUAUCUUCGAAGGCUGGUGUUGGCCGGGAAGCUCUUACUGGAUUGAUGCUUUCAAUCCUGCUGCGCGGGCUUGGUGGAAGGGACUCUUUUCUUUCGACAAAUUCAAAGGGACCAUGUCGAACGUCUGGCUCUGGAACGACAUGAACGAGCCAUCUGUUUUCAACGGUCCAGAGAUCACCAUGCCUCGAGAUAACAUCCACUACGGCAAUUGGGAACAGCGAGAUGUGCACAAUAUCAAUGGGAUGACGUUCCAUAACGCUACUUACCAUGCCCUCCUAGAACGGAAAAAGGGUGAGGUGCGCCGGCCUUUCGUCCUUACCAGGUCGUUUUACGCCGGCUCUCAAAGGACUGCCGCUAUGUGGACAGGUGACAACCAAGCCAGUUGGAGCCAUCUUGCCGCCUCUCUUCCGAUGACCCUCAAUCAGGGCGUCAGCGGUUUCCCUUUUGGAGGUGCGGAUGUCGGUGGAUUCUUUGGGAACCCCAGCAAGGAACUGCAGACCCGAUGGUACCAAGCCGGGGCCUUUUAUCCAUUCUUCCGCGGCCAUGCACAUAUCGACACUCGCAGACGUGAACCAUACAUGCUGGGAGAGCCGUACACGACAAUCAUGACCAAUGCUUUACGAUUGAGAUAUGCGUUGCUCCCGGCAUGGUAUACCGCUUUCCAAGAAGCUUCCACGGAUGGUUACCCGAUCAUUCGGUCGCAGUACUUUGUGCACCCCGACGAUGAAAAAGGCUACACAAUAGAUGAUCAGCUUUACCUUGGUUCAACAGGCCUGUUAGUCAAACCUGUCACCACCGAAGGAGCCGAGAGCGUGGAUAUCUAUCUGUCUGACGACGAGAACUAUUUCGAUUACUUUGACUACACCAUCUACUCUGGCGGAUCAAAGAUUCACAAGGUCGAUGCGCCUUUGCACAAACUCCCUAUAUUGAUGCAGGGCGGCCACAUCAUCCCGAGAAAGGAUAGGCCGCGCAAGAGCUCGGGUUUGAUGAAAUGGGACCCAUACACUCUUGUCGUGGUACUUGACAAAAAGGGAGAGGCCGAGGGAACCGUUUAUGUCGACGAUGGUGAGACAUUCGACUACCAGCAUGGGGCUUACAUUCACCGGAGAUUCUCUCUGUCCGGCGGAGUCUUGAGGAGCUCUGACAUUGGCACCAAGGGGUCUAAGACCGCCAGCUAUCUCAAGACGAUGAAGGAUGUCAAGGUAGAGAAGAUCAUUGUGGUCAAUGCACCCGCCGAGUGGUCGACAUAUACCGAGGCAACGGUGACAGAAGAAGGGACUAAGGGAACCUCGACAGCAGAGUUGAGUUUCCACUCGGCAUCAGGCAACAAGGCUGCGUGGGCCGUGGUACGGAGUCCUGGGAUAAGAAUUGGAGGGGUUUGGGGCAUUGCAUUCCCCGGGGCAUCGAGUCCAAAGACCGACUUGUAG